CCUCUCAAGAUUACGGCCAUUAGAACAUAUCUACUCCUUAUUACGGCAAAAUGACGGUGUUCUGUUUGUGUUGUAAAUUGGAUUGAUAGUAAAAAUUAGUUCCUAAUAGGGAUAUGUGUUUUCAUUUUUAAAGUCGUACUGAUCUUGAAGGAGACCCGUAAAGCAAUAUGAGUGUAGAGAAGAGACUAUUUGGACUUGAUUUUUUAAAAAUCAAUCAAUGAUUGAUCUUGACUUCAAAAUUGUGAAUUUAUUGAAUUUGAUAACAUUGUCCACUAUGAUAUAUUGACAUAUAAUUGAACCAUCUGAGAUUUGAAAGAUAUUCAGAAUGAGUACUAUUAGGGGAUCUGCCAGCUUUGUCUGGGACACCAAUAAAAUGCUAGGUCAAGGAGCCACCAGUACAGUCUACAUGGGCAGAAAUAAGAAAACUGGAGAAGAGGUGGCUAUAAAAGUGUUUAACCAACAAAGCUACCAUCGCCCAUAUGCAGUGCAGAUGAGAGAGUUUGAUGUGAUGAAGAAAUUGUCUCAUGAAAACGUUGUCAAACUUUUGACCAUUGAAGAAGAGUUACCAAGCCGAGCUCGAGUCAUUGUGAUGGAGUAUUGUACACACGGCAGCCUGUAUAAUCUGCUAGAUCAACCAGAAAAUAGUUUUGGUUUGUCCGAGGAAGAACUUCUGAAUGUUCUCAAGCAAGUCACGGCUGGAGUCAAACACUUGAGAGACAAUGACAUCAUCCAUCGUGAUAUUAAACCAGGAAACAUACUACGAUCUGUGGCCCCUGAUGGAACAUCUGUCUACAAAUUGACUGAUUUUGGUGCUGCCAGAGAGUUACAACAAGAUGAAGAAUUUAUUUCUCUGUAUGGCACAGAUGAGUAUUUGCAUCCAGACAUGUAUGAGAGAGCUGUAUUGAGGCGUGCUAAAGGUCAACAGUUUGGUGUCUAUGUUGACCUUUGGAGUCUAGGAGUCACAUUCUAUCAUGCAGCCACAGGAAACCUACCAUUCAGGCCUUAUGGAGGACGUAGAAAUAAAGAAACAAUGCAUAUGAUCACAGCUAAGAAGGAACAUGGAGUUAUAUCAGGGGUUCAGGAACAACAAAAUGGACCAAUCAAGUGGGAGAGAGAUUUGCCACCAACCUGUCGAUUGUCAGGGGGACUGAAAGCUUUAAUAACUUCCUUCCUUGCCGACCUGCUAGAAAAAGAUCCUGACAGGACCAUUGGUUUUGAUGAAUACUUCAACAGAGUGGAUGACAUUAUUUCCAGGAGACCUUACCAUGUGUUUAAUCCAUUCUCAUUUUCUCUUUUGUUAAUCUAUGCCAGACCAAAAGAUGAUAUGUCUCAAUUGCGUCAGCUCAUCACAGACCAGACUGGCAUUCCUGGUGGGGCACAACUUCUAAUGCACGAAGGGAAAGUACUGAAAGAUGAGUCCAGAGAGCCUGUGUCCAGUUACAUCCGAAACAUUUCUUCUGAUAAUCCAAUUAUUGUUUUCAACAAGUUGCCAGAGUUUAGAGGCUUCUUUAAACCACACUAUGGUUCUUUCAAGGAUGUACCCCAAGAGACCAAUGUUGCUACAGACUAUCCACUGGCUAAAAGAAACUUUGCCUGUCUGCAUUCUGCCAAGAACACAGUGAAGACUCUGUUACACAAUGAUAUGUUGACUACCAAAGCAGUGAAGAUGUACAGCAAAUAUGUACAUGAGAAGUGCUGUCAACUAGAGAACACCAUGGACCAUCUUGUCAGGGCUUGCAGUGAUGUCAGGCUCUGGAAGGACCAGUUGUUCAUGAGCAUAGGGAUGCAGGCUGGGAUGUUCAAUAUGUUGACCACUAGCAACCUCAAGCCCAAUGGCAUCGAUUUGGCUGGCAGAGUGAAUAUGCUGCAGACCAUACACAAGACUGGAAAUAGAGAGUGUACACAGAUGUGCACAGGGAUGCAAAGUAAAUUAGACAAAGCAAUGGCACUGCUACAAGACAUCAAGGCUGGUCACAUGAUUGAUGCUGACUGGGAUCCCAGCAAAGGUUGUCUCCCAUCAGAUAAAUGCAUUGAGAAAAUGGAUUUCAUGAUACAAAGGCUCCUGAAGAUCAUGAAUUCAUUUAGGGAGGACAGAGCCAAACAACAGCUCAACAACAAUGAUGAACAAAUUCACAGAUUUGACAAAAACAAAAUGAAAGAGAUUUGUGUAACGGCCAUGACUUUGGUAGACGAUGAUUGUACCAAGAAAGCUCUACAUUUGUUCUCUGCAUUCAAACAGCUGUACUGCAAAGCUGUGCAAAUCAAUGAUGCUGGAGAGAGGCUAGAGAUACUGAUGUCUGAAAUUAGUCAUGAACAUGGAAGACUUGUCAAUAAAUUAAAAGUUUCAGGUAAAAACUGUAUAUCCCAGAUGGAUGUGUGUAUGGUGGCCCUUGGGCAGUCUAGUGCUGUACCUAAUGGAGACUCCUCUGAAGUAGCAGAAAUUACACCUCCUGCUAGUGAUCAGCCUAGUGUUAGACCAUCAAGACAGGAAAGACUUGAUACAGUUCUCGACAGUUUACAGAGCACCAGGUCGUCAUUGGAAGAAGUUAGAGCAUUGAUCACUGAGAAUACAACCUUAAUGGAAAAAUUCAACUCUCUUGGUGAACCAACAGAAGAUUAUAAAUCUUGGGAGUAUGUGCCAUGAACCUUUUUUUUUUCUUUUAUCAUAUUUCUCUCAGGCUGUCGGAAUAAUGUAUUGUAUUCUCUGCACUUUUGUUAGUUAGACAGACAUAUACAUGUGUUAUAGCCAUAGAAUGAGCUAGAUAGGCGUGAAAGUCAGGGUCGGUGUUAGGACCACUUGUUUUAUUGUCAUGAUAUCUGGAUUUUAUUUUUAUGUUGCACAAUUUGUGUCAAACUUUUAAAAAUGUUUUCAUAAUUUAAUGUCACUAUUGAAAAUGUGUAGGACAAUUAAGUAUUGCCAAUUUUUGUUUAAAUUUUUUAAUCACCACUAAGGGAGCAUAAAAAAAAAUAUAUAUUUAUUAAUUUAAAAUUGUAUCUAAUUUUAUAUCUUUUUUUUUUUAAUUACCAUCUUAGGUGCUUUUGUCUGUAAAUGUACUUACAACAACGGGAGAGCAGUUUAUGGUGUAUGUUAGAAUUUAAUCUGUCAACAACAUUCCAUUCAAAUUUGUUAGUUCCUUGUGUCAGGAAACGUUUCUUCUUGGUAUGCUGCAGAAUGAACAAUAGAUUUUUAAAUCAAACUAAUGCUCAAAGUGGGACAUGGGGGUUGUGUGAUAAGCAGCCAAGUUGGAGGUGCCCUAAAUGAAGUCAUGGCCUUUCAACAAUUGAAGUCAUUCAGUAGACUCAGUUUGAAUAAACAUUCAUGAAAUUAUUUGAGGAAUGUAAAAUUGUUUUUUUGUAUAAAAGUAACGUAAAGUUUCCUUUACAGACCUUGUGAUCUAUAGGGCAGAUGAUGUAAAGGUCAUCUGUUUCUGUGGCACAUGGUUAAUGGUUCGGAAGCCAAGCGCUUUACCCCUCAGCCAUCACGCCUCCGGUUUGUUGUAUAGUUAGCAUUAAAACAUCCUUUUAAGCAAUUAGUCACUAAAAUAGGUUAAUUGUAUGUCAUUAACAUUAUAGAGCUUUAAGUUUGUAAAGAGAAAUUCACUAUAGAUUUUUUUUUGUAAACAAGGAAUGUUGAUUUUAUUUUAAUCAAACACUUGAAUUUAAAUCUAUGUUUACUAAUUGUUGUAUGCAUUAUUGCUAUUAUUGUUGUUGAUAUCCUUACACAUUAAAACAUUUAAGACAAGCAAGGAGAUGUGCUAAACAAAUUCAGUUCUUUGUGGCUUGUUACAGUAGCAACUAUUACAGCUAAAUUCAAAAUUGAAAAGAAAAAAAUUUCAAGACUAUCGCAAACCUUUUACAGAACUGAUUUUAAGAGGUUGAACAGAAAUUAAUGAAAAGUAAAAUAGAAGAGAUAUUGUAUACCAUAGUGCACUCUCAAAGUUUGUCUGUGACAGAACAUUUGAUAGAUUUUUGCACUAUGAUUUUUUUUUUAUUUCCUUUUUGGAUCCCAUGACCUUAUUAUUCAUGCUGGUGCAUAAUACAUAAUCACCUUGUGUACUAGUAAUCUUGGUAGUAUAGUGAUCAACUAGCAAUUUGCACACUUGUUACAUGGUGAUUGACCAAUAAAACAGUUUCAAAUGUAGAUUGAACCAAACGUACACAUGAAUCAUUUAUUAGUACACUUGUACAUAUAUUAAUUAGAAGAAUUCUCCCAUAGCGGGAACAAAAAUGAUAAAAGUUUAAUAGUUUGUUGUUUUCUUUUAGUUGCCAACUGUAAACAGGUGAGAACAACUUCACUCUUGUAGAACAUUUUUGUGGAUAUAAAGUGAUGAAAUUAUUCAUUUAGCUUUCUUUUUUGUAUUUAUUUACAUUAGUGUUGUUGUUAUUAAUAUGGGUGUUGUUGUUUUUUUUUUUGGGGCCUGGACAAUAUCUAUCAUUGAAUUAUCUUAUGCCUUGUUUACCUGACCCAUUUAUGUUUUAUGCAAUGGCUGUGAUUGUAUAAAUACAAUGACUUGUUCUUCUAGUUACUUUUUUCAUUGUAUCCAUUUCUUCUUUUAUCCGUUUCUGUUAAGUAUCAUUUAGAUACACCUGUACAUAUUCCUGCAUUUCAUUAGCCAUUUUUUUUUAAGCCAUGGCCCAAUUUUCAUUCAGGUUGAUGAUUGAUUUAUAAAACCAAGUCAGACAUUCUUUUUUUUUUCUUCAAGAGA